ACACCCCCAGAGCCUCCGCAGCUUUACCCGUUUACCAAUUAAGGCUCUCACGGUGAGUCCACGGAGAGAGAGAGGGACCGAGGUAGAAAAGCACAAAAGAGCGGAGGGACUAUCUCUUUACUUUUCCUUUUGCGCCACCAGCACAACCGGUACACCCGUUAUUUCCCCCCACCGGGACUGCGCGUGGGGAGGGAGGACCUCGGUGCAGCAGCACGCACACACACACACACACACCAACACACAACCCGCUGUGACCGCAGAAGCUGUUGCGCGCACUGAGCGAACGGACCGGAGAGACACAGGACGCACACUUCAGGAUCACAGACUGCCUCGCACAGAAAGUGAGAAACAGAGACGCGGAGAAAGAGAGGGAGCGGCCACGCAAAGUUGAGCAGACUCCACCCAGAAAAAAAAAGCAGCGAACCGAGAGACAGGCGAGACCAUAAAAAUGAGUGGUUCCCACCCCCGGCUCCACCAGAGCGCCGCGCCCGCUCCCAACGCUCUCUCCACGGACAAGGACGCAGAAAUGCCCGCCACGGAGAAGGACCUGGCCGAGGACGCGCCGUGGAAGAAGAUCCAGCAGAACACCUUCACCCGCUGGUGUAACGAGCACCUGAAAUGCGUCAACAAGCGGAUCGGCAACUUGCAGACGGACCUGAGCGACGGGCUGCGGCUCAUCGGGCUCCUGGAGGUCCUGUCCCAGAAGAAAAUGUUCAGAAAGUACAACCAGAGGCCCACCUUCCGCCAGAUGCAGCUGGAGAAUGUGUCCGUGGCUCUGGAGUUCCUGGACAAGGAGAACAUCAAGCUGGUGUCCAUAGACUCUAAAGCCAUUGUGGAUGGGAACCUGAAGCUGAUUCUGGGUCUGAUCUGGACCCUGAUCCUGCACUACUCCAUCUCCAUGCCCAUGUGGGACGAGGAGGAGGAGACGGACGACGGCAAGCAGAAGACGCCCAAGCAGAGGCUGCUGGGAUGGAUCCAGAACAAACUGCCCGAGCUUCCCAUCACGAACUUCCACCGGGACUGGCAGAGCGGCCGGGCCCUGGGUGCCCUGGUCGACAGCUGUGCUCCAGGUUUGUGUCCUGACUGGGAUCAGUGGGAUCAGACCAAACCAGUGGACAACGCCCGCGAGGCCAUGCAGCAAGCCGACGACUGGCUGGGUAUCCCACAGGUGAUAACCCCCGAAGAGAUCGUUGACCCCAACGUGGACGAGCAUUCAGUCAUGACCUACCUGUCCCAGUUCCCCAAGGCCAAACUGAAGCCCGGCGCUCCUCUCCGACCCAAACUCAACCCCAAGAAGGCCCGAGCCUACGGACCAGGUGUUGAGCCUGUCGGUAAUGUUGUGAUGAAGAAGGCUGUGUUCACUGUGGAGACCAUCAGUGCAGGAAUGGGAGAGGUUCUGGUUUACGUGGAGGAUCCUGCUGGACACAGGGAGGAGGCUAAAGUGACGGCCAACAACGACAAGAACCGCACCUACUCUGUCUUCUACGUCCCUAAAGUUACAGGCAUGCACAAGGUGACGGUGCUGUUUGCAGGCCAGCACAUCUCUAAGAGCCCCUUCGAGGUGGAGAUUGGCAUGGCUCAGGGAGACUCCAGCAAGGCUACGGCCCAGGGACCAGGCCUGGAGCCGUCUGGAAACAUCGCCAACAAAUCCACCUACUUCGACGUCUACACGGCAGGUGCCGGCGUUGGCGAGGUGGAGGUGGUGAUCAUGGACCCAAGCGGCAAGAAGAACACAGUGCCGUGCACCAUCGAGGAUAAAGGCAACAGCAGCCACCGGUGCACCUACAAACCCACGCAGGAGGGUCAGCACAUCGUCUACGUCACCUUCGCUGGUGGUCAGAUCAGCAAGAGUCCCUUCACGGUCAACGUGGGAGAAGCGUGCAACCCCAGCCUCUGCAGAGCGAAGGGUCGCGGUCUGCAGCCGAAGGGCCUGAGGGUGAAGGAGACCGCAGACUUCAAGGUUUACACCAAAGGAGCCGGCACCGGAGAGCUCAAAGUCUCCAUCAAGGGCCCCAAGGGUCUGGAGGAGCCAUGCAAAAGGAAAGACCUUGGAGAUGGUGUGUAUGGAUUCGAGUAUUACCCCACCACACCUGGGACAUACAGCAUCACCAUCACCUGGGGAGGACAGCACAUCCCCCGCAGUCCCAUUGAGGUCAAGAUCGGCGCUGAGGCCGGCCAGCAGAAGGUGAGGGCCUGGGGUCCGGGCCUGGAGGGAGGCGUCGUCGGCAAAUCUGCUGACUUUGUGGUGGAGGCUGUUGGAGACAACGUCGGUACACUGGGUUUCUCUGUGGAAGGUCCAUCGCAGGCCAAGAUCGAAUGUGACGACAAGGGCGAUGGAUCCUGUGACGUGCGCUACUGGCCCACCGAGUCCGGAGAGUAUGCUGUCCAUGUGCUCUGCAACAACGAGGACAUCCAGCACUCACCCUUCAUGGCUGAGAUUGUCAACCCUCCAGGGAAAGACUUCUACCCCGACAAGGUCAAGGCUUAUGGUCCUGGCCUUCAGAGCAGUGGAUUGGCUGUUGGAAAACCCACAGAGUUCACAGUUGAUGCCAAGCAAGGAGGAAAAGCUCCUCUGAAGAUUGUAGCUCAGGAUGGUGAAGGCACUCCUUUGGAUGUCCAGGUUAAGGACAAUGGCAACGGCACAUACACCUGUACUUACACCCCACGUAAACCUGUGAAACACACCGUCAUGGUCUCCUGGGGAGGAGUCAACAUCCCCGACAGUCCUUUCAGGAUGAAUAUCGGGGCAGGUUGUCACCCAAACAAGGUGAAGGUGUCUGGACCUGGAGUGGCAAAGACCGGCCUCAAGGCCUUUGAGCCGACGUACUUCACUGUCGACUGUGCAGAGGCUGGUCAAGGGGACAUCAGCAUUGGAAUCAAGUGUGCCCCCGGGGUGGUUGGACCCGCAGAGGCCGACAUCGACUUUGACAUUAUCAGGAACGACAACGACACCUUCACCGUCAAGUACACUCCUCCUGGAGCCGGCAGCUACACCAUCAUGGUGCUGUUUGCUGACCAGGCCAUUCCAAUGACACCCAUCAGGAUUAAAGUGGAUCCUUCUCAUGACGCCAGCAAAGUCAAGGCAGAGGGACCAGGACUGAGCCGCAGUGGAGUAGAAUUAAACAAACCCACUCACUUCACCGUGAGCACUAAAGGAGCCGGAAAGGCAAACCUGGACUGCAACUUCAGCGGCCCGACCAAAGCAGAGGCUGUCAAGGACUUUGAAAUCAUCAACAACCACGACAACACACACACUGUAAAAUACACACCUGUGCAGCAGGGUCCUCUUGGAGUUGCUGUAACCUACGGUGGUGAUCAGAUACCCAAGAGCCCCUUCAACAUCGCUGUGGCACCCACACUGGACCUCAGCAAGGUCAACGUCACCGGCCUGGGAGACAAAAUGACUGUAGGCAAAGACCAGGAGGUGACCAUCAAGUCGAAGGGUGCUGGAGGUCAAGGCAAGGUCGCCGCCAAGGUGACCGGACCAUCAGGGAAGCCUGUGGCCAGCAAGGUUGAACCAGGUCUAAGUCCAGAAACCAGCCAGGUGAAGUUCAUUCCCCGGGAGGCCGGACCGUACCAGGUAGAGCUGACCUACGAUGGAGUGCCGAUCCCUGGAUCUCCUUAUACCCCCACUGCUUACCCUGCCACAGACCCCUCCAAGGUGCGCUGCUCAGGCCCAGGUUUGGAGCGUGCCAAGGUCGGGGAGACGGGAGAGUUCAUCGUGGACUGCAGCAACGCCGGCCCGGCCGAGCUCACCAUCGAGAUCAUCUCCGACAGCGGCACCGAGGCCGAGGUUCACAUCCAGGACAACGGGGACGGGACCUACACCAUCACCUACAUCCCCCUGUACCCCGGCUCCUACACCCUCACCAUCCGUUACGGUGGCCAGGAUGUGCCAAACUUCCCCGCUCGGCUCAAUGUGGAGCCUGCAGUCGACGCCAGCGGAGUCCUUGUGUUUGGACCCGGAGUGGAGGGCACAGGCGUUUUCCGCGAGGCAACCACCGACUUCACCGUGGACGCUCGUGCACUCACUCAGUCCGGAGGCGACCACAUCAAAACACUCAUCAGCAACCCGUCCGGCAGCCGCACGGAUGCCCUGAUCACCGACCUCGGAGAUGGAACCUACAGCGUCGAGUACACUCCCUACGAGGAGGGUCCACACAACGUGGAGGUUUGCUAUGACGGCUCUCCAGUGCCAAAGAGUCCUUUCCGUGUUGGCGUCACCGAAGGUUGCGAUCCAGCUCGCGUCCGUGUGCACGGUCCUGGUCUGAAAGGCGGCAUCACCAACAAGCCCAACAAGUUCACAGUGGAGACCAGAGGAGCUGGUACUGGUGGUCUUGGUCUAGCAAUGGAAGGUCCAUCAGAGGCCAAGAUGUCCUGCACUGACAACAAGGAUGGCAGCUGCAGUGUGGAGUACAUCCCAUAUGAGCCCGGCACAUACAACCUCAACAUCACCUACGGACGACAGCCCAUCGCAGGCAGUCCAUUCCAAGUGCCAGUGAGCGACACGGUGGACAGCACCAAGGUGAAGUGUCAGGGUCCAGGCCUGAGCAACAACGUCAGAGCCAACAUUCCUCAGGCAUUCACAGUGGACGCCUCCAAAGCCGGAGUGGCCCCACUGCAGGUCCGCGUACAGGGGCCCAAAGGUGUGGUGGAGCCUGUAGAGGUGGUGGAUAACGGUGACCAGACCCAUACUGUCAACUAUGUUCCCACCAGAGAGGGACCAUAUUCCAUUAACGUGUUGUAUGCUGAUGAGGAGAUCCCACGAAGCCCAUACAAGGUGAAGGUCCUCCCCACCCACGAUGCCAGCAAAGUGCGUGCAAGUGGACCCGGCCUCAACACCACCGGAGUGCCCGCCUCGCUGCCCGUCGAGUUCACCAUUGAUGCCAAAGACGCCGGCGAGGGACUGCUGGCAGUGCAGAUCACUGACCCAGAUGGGAAGCCUAAGAAGGCCAACAUCCGUGACAACCAUGACGGAACCUACCUGGUCUCUUAUGUGCCGGACAUGACCGGCCGUUACACCAUCCUCAUUAAGUACGGCGGGGAUGAGAUUCCCUACUCACCCUACCGUAUCAGGGCCCUGCCCACCGGAGAUGCCAGCAAAUGCACAGUCACAGUCUCAAUCGGCGGUCACGGUUUAGGCGCCGGUGUCGGUCCGACUAUCCAGAUCGGCGAACAGACGGUCAUCACAGUGGACGCCAAGGCUGCAGGAAAAGGCAAGGUGACCUGCAGCGUGUGCACACCUGAGGGGGCGGAGCUCGACGUGGACGUGGUGGAAAACGAAGACGGCACAUUCGACAUCUUCUACACGGCGCCCCAGCCUGGCGAGUAUGUGAUCUGCGUCCGUUUUGGAGGGGAGCACAUCCCCAACAGUCCCUUCCAGGUCACGGCGCUGGAAGGAGCUCCGUCCGAUCAGCUCAUGCAGCAGAGCCAAAUGCCCCAGUACUACGCUCAACAGCCCUGGGCAACGGACAGACCAAUAGGAAUGAAUGGUCUGGAUGUGGCAGGACUGAGACCGUUCGACCUUGAUCCGUUCACCAUCCAGAAGGGAGAGAUCACAGGUGAGGUCCGAAUGCCGUCGGGCAAGGUGGCCAAGCCUGACAUCACCGACAACAAGGACGGCACUGUUACUGUCAAGUAUGCCCCCACCGAGGCCGGUCUGCAUGAGAUGGACAUCAAAUAUGACGGCAUCCACAUCCCUGGAAGUCCCCUACAGUUCUACGUGGACUACAUGAACAGCGGUAACGUCAGCGCCCACGGCCCUGGCCUCAUCCACGGCACCGUCAACAAGCCCGCUGUCUUCACUGUCAACACCAAAGAUGCUGGGGAGGGUGGUUUGUCUCUGGCCAUUGAGGGUCCAUCCAAGGCCGACAUCAGCUGUGUGGACAACCAGGACGGGACCUGCACUGUGUCCUACCUGCCAGUCCUGCCGGGAGACUACAGCAUCCUGGUCAAAUACAACGACAAGCACAUCCCAGGCAGCCCCUUCUCAGCCAGGAUCACAGGUGACGACUCCAUGAGGAUGUCCCAUCUGAAGGUGGGCUCAGCUGCUGAUAUCCCCCUGGACAUCGGAGAGCUCGACCUCAGCCAGCUGACCGCCUCCCUCACCACGCCGUCAGGCCGCGAGGAGCCCUGCCUGCUGAAGAUGCUGCGUAACGGACAUGUCGGUAUCUCAUUUGUUCCUAAGGAGAUUGGAGAGCAUCUUGUGAACAUCAAGAAGAACGGCCGCCACAUUCCCAGCAGCCCCAUCGCUGUUAUGAUCAAACAAUCGGAUGUCGGCGAUGCCAGCCGUGUGUGUGUGAGCGGGCAAGGCCUGAGCGAGGCCAGAACCUUUGAACCCGCCGAGUUCUUCAUCAACACUCGUGAUGCAGGCUACGGCGGCCUGAGCCUGUCCAUUGAGGGACCCAGUAAAGUCGACAUCAACACUGAAGACCAGGAGGACGGAACCUGCAAAGUCACCUACUGCCCCACCGAACCAGGAAACUACAUCAUCAACAUCAAGUUUGCUGACCAGCACGUGCCAGGGAGUGCGUUCACGGUGAAGGUAACAGGAGAGGGCAGGAUGAAGGAGAGCAUCACCAGGAAGAGGAGAGCGGCGUCGGUCGCCAACGUCGGCAGCCAGUGUGACCUCAGCCUCAAGAUCCCAGAGAUCAGCAUAGCCGACAUGACGGCCCAGGUGACCAGCCCGUCCGGUCAGAUCCACAAGGCGGAGAUCAUGGAGGGAGAGAACAACACCUACUGCAUUCGCUUCGUCCCCACUGAGACGGGCGUGCACACAGUUUGCGUCAAAUACAACGGCAUGCACGUCCCCGGCAGCCCGUUCCAGUUCACCGUCGGCCCGCUGGGAGAAGGUGGAGCGCAUAAGGUCCGUGCUGGAGGACCGGGUCUGGAGAGAGCAGAGGCUGGAGUACCAGCCGAGUUCAGUAUUUGGACGAGGGAGGCCGGAGCCGGAGGUCUCAGUAUCGCCGUCGAGGGGCCGAGCAAGGCUGAAAUCACCUUUGAGGACCGCAAGGACGGCUCCAGUGGAGUUUCCUACAUCGUACAGGAGCCUGGUGACUACGAGGUCUCGAUCCGAUUCAACGAUGAGCACAUCCCCGACAGCCCAUUCAUCGUCCCCGUGGCCUCGCCAUCAGAUGACGCCCGACGCCUCACUGUUGCCAGUCUUCAGGAGUCCGGUUUGAAGGUGAAUCAGCCGGCGUCGUUCGCCGUCAGCCUUAACGGGGCGAAGGGUGUGAUUGAUGCCAAGGUCCACAGUCCGUCUGGAGCGCUGGAAGAGUGCUGUGUCACCGAGAUCGACCAAGAUAAGUACGCAGUCCGGUUUAUCCCCAGAGAGAACGGACUCUAUCUGAUCGACGUGAAGUUCAACGGAAGCCACAUCCCUGGCAGUCCUUUUAAGAUCAGAGUUGGAGAGACGGGUCAGGCUGGCGACCCUGGGAUGGUGUCCGCCUACGGACCAGGACUGGAGGGCGGAACCACAGGAACUUCAUGUGAAUUUGUGGUGAACACGAGCAACGCCGGCCCCGGAGCUUUAGCCGUGACCAUCGACGGGCCCUCCAAGGUGAAGAUGGACUGCGUUGAGUGUCCUGAAGGCUACAGGGUCACGUACACCCCGAUGGCCCCCGGAAACUAUCUCAUCUCCAUCAAAUACGGCGGUCCUUACCACAUCGUUGGCAGCCCCUUCAAAGCCAAGAUCACUGGUUCCAAACUCGUGUCCAGCCACAGUAUGCAUGAAACCUCCACCGUCAUGGUCGACCCAGUGACCCGAGCCAUCAGCUGUUCCCAGCAGGGGGCUCCAGCCCAAUCAGACGCCAGUAAGGUGGUGGCGAAGGGCCAGGGCCUGACCAAAGGAUACAUCGGCCAGAAGAACAGCUUCAGCGUCGACUGCAGCAAAGCAGGUCGUAACAUGCUCAUGGUGGGCGUCGACGGUCCCAAGGUUCCCUGUGAGGAGAUCCUGGUGAAACAUCUGGGCAACCGACUGUACAACGUCAGCUACCAGCUCAAAGAGAAGGGAGAGUACAUCCUGGUGGUGAAGUGGGGAGACGACCACAUCCCCGGCAGCCCCUACCACAUCACUGUCUAAACUCACGGCUCCACAAACCUAUACCACUGUUUGAAAACAACAGAAACCCCGUCUCGAAUCUAACCUACCGAUCGUUGUUUACAGCUCCGAGUCCCUCCCACGUUUCAAAUCGUUUCAUUGCUAUUUAAUCAGUUACAAAACAGACUCAAUCGACUCAAAAGCAACAAGUUCACUGUAAUUUUCUCGUUUCAUUCUACUGCAUAUCACAUCAUUCAAUAAACCUAGGGAGGAGAAAGAUGCACCUUUUUUUUGUUACUGUAAGCUAGCAGUGCCUUUAGGCUAUUUGACAUUUUCAGCCAUAAGUGGACAUUUGUCAGAACUAGUGUAGGACGACUUAAUGUAGCGUAGCAACGGUAGAUUUAGUUUUUUUCAGCCCCCUGCUUUGUAUGGAAGGUUACUGUUUACACUGGAGGAGCUACUCUUACACACAUACAGUAAAUAAUGGAUUUAUAUGAGCUUCUAGGAACAACUGCAGGGCUUGGAGCAAAGAGUGUAUUUUUUUGUCGGUUUGUUGACACACUUUGGUGUAAGACCCUGAAUUGUUGGCAUAAAAAGUCAGUUUGUCUGUUACUUAAACGGGGGGUAGCAUUUGUAGAAAACGCUCAGCAGCGCUCACCAGCUCUCCAGCAUGUGGUGUUCAAGACGCUCCAUAACUAACCCGGUUGUUUUUACUCGCUGCUAGUGUGAUCCAGUUUUAGGCACUGCUGUUGUUAGUAGAGAAAUCAAAAACCAGAUCAGGUGGGAACACAUGUGAACAGAGCAUGUCACGGUAGCUUAAUGGCGGUUUGUGCUCCUAUUCUUCUUGUCGACACCGCUGCUGGGAAAACACCGCUUUCUGUGUGUUUUUUUUUCUUGUUGUUAAUUUUAAAAAAUAACGCGUGACACCAGCAUGUGCUCUGCAUUUCCAUUCGGUCUUCACUCCAGAUACAGCGAGGCUCUGAUUCAGAGCGUGGGACUUUUUUCUAUUAAAUUAAAGGGUCUAAAAAGGGAAGUCUCUAAAGUUGUCCCGGACAGAAAAGGGGGCUGAUGAGGAUGUUCUUGUUGUGGUUUGUCCAUUUAAACGAGAUGACCAAAAAGAAAAACUAAAGUUGUUGCUUUGUUUUCUGCUCAGUGUUUCACCCCCCCGCCUCCCCUCCAGCUCGCUCUGUGCCUAAUCUAGAUUACAGAACAAAACAAAUCUUGUCCGAAAUAAUAAAAAAGGCUUUAAAAGUGAUUGUAAGACAGUAUUUUGAUACACAAUAAAGUUGUCUAAGUAUUUUUCUGUCAAUUCAA